UGCAGCUGCAGGAAGUUGAGCAACUCAGCCCACAAGUGUGCCACAGAAAUUCACCCAGAACAAGAUAAGGACCAGAGAGUACUGAGACCCAUUACUAUCUCUUUUUGGAUCCAGAGAGCGUGAAACACCUGUCAGAAGAGCAACAGAGUCAAGCUGAAGUUAGCGGGUCUCCUUCUCCUCCCUGGAUUACAAACAGGUUUAUUCCAGCUUUUAUAAUGAUGGUUGGAAAAUAUAGCCCGCCAUUACAAGCAAAAAUAAAUUAACAUUUUUGAACAAGAUGCUGAAAAUGUUAGCAACCAGCCUUCAAUUCCUACUGUAAUGAAUACACUGUGUGACAUUCAGCGUCAUUUAAAAGCAUGAAUUUGCAUACUGGAACGUUUGUACGUCCAUUUCCUGAAACAGACGCAGCUAGCAGCACAACUGAAGAUGCAGAUGCACCUGGAACAGCAGCACAAAGUCAUAGUCAGUUAUCUGUGAUGCCUUUUGGCUCUGCAGCUGCUAGAUUCAAAAUACGCUCUGCUAAAACACUUACUACCAAGGACCUCAGGACAAAAAGCUUUUUUUUUGAGGGUGGAAAAGUUGAAGAUUCAAGCCAGAAAAGUGAUCCUAGUAAGGACCUCAACAAAGCUUGUAUUUCUUCAACUAGUGAUACCCACACUAACACUGAUGGCAAAGAGACAGGUAACACUUUAAGUAAGGAUACAAGCAAGGACUCAAUUCUUCCCAUCAGUUCUGAGAAAGGUGAUGUGAGCGCUAUGAAGUUAAACACUCAAGAAGACAAGAGUAAGGCAGCAAGUGACAGGAGCAAAGGAGAUGUGUUGAGGAGAUCUUAUCAGUCAAACAAAAGCAAAAGCUUAGACUGGAGAGCAGGACAUGGGAAUAGAACUUGGAUGACUAGUGGGACUAGAGACCUUGAAAUUUUUAUGAGGCAAUCCGAUUUAGAGAGAACCGGGAUAAACAACAAGAUAACUUCAUACACGCAAGAGAAUCAACCCAGUAGUGUUUCACGAAGGAGUCAGAAUUACAAUGCAGCCAAUCAAGACAAUCAGAACAGUGACAGAAAGGAUUGCUCUGGAUCUCCAUCUGUGGGAAUGAACCAAGUAAAUUUUGCUCUGGAACAGGCAAACAGUGGUCAGUCACUCCCAUCCAGAUUGAAGCCAAGACUUAGCCAAGGUUCCAUUGGAGAAGGUAGCAGUCUCUGGGAACAGCAACAAGGUGAAUCAAGUCUUGAUCAGACAGAAAACAGAAUGGGAUCCCGGGCCAGAGAGCAAGGAUCUUCCAAUGCAGAGGAAAUAACUGGAAAUCAAACAAUAAUGGAAAGAAUUGCAAAACUGUUUGGAGUAGAUGCCAACUCUGAUGCACACUCAAAAGAUUCAAUCAGAUUAAAACGCAGCAAUACUGUAAAUUCUGAUGAAUCCUUUCCGAAAUCUAUGGACACGGUGGACUGUACUCCAAGACACCGAAAAUACACUACUGACUAUGUGUUUGGAGCUUCUUUAGAUUGUACUGACAGCCAACAGGAGAAACCUUCUUACAAUAUAGAAAAAGCUGGAACAUUCCCUAGAGGGUUUUCAAAAACAUACUUUGAUCCAAAGCAAGAACCCUCUACCAACAGAGAGAACAGAAAUUAUCAAAGGGACAAUUCCUCUGGACUAAGUUUUUCAGUGUCAUCAAAGCCUAAAUGGAGUACAGAAAUGUCCUCUGUCAAAAAAGCUCAGUCACUUCUGCCUGAUGACAAUGACAAGACAAGCAGAACGUGGUUUACAGGGUCUCCAAAGUAUUGUAGUCAGUCCUUAGAAAGGACCAGGAGUAGACUGUCAGCAACUGCUCAAUGCAAUGCUCGCAGGAACCAGCCUGACAGUUCAAGCAUCUCCGGCCAGUGUGUCAAACACUUGCUAACCAUUUCCGGAGGAAUCAAGGAGGAAAUUGGGGAAGACAAACACCCACUGGCCUCAAAAGGAGAAGCACACAAUGAAAUCCGUAAAGAGGAAGAGAAAGAUCAUGUCUUCAUGGUUAAAACUGCAGGAAGGAGAGGAGAUGGUGUUCUAGAAAAGUCGCGUUUACCAUCCUCAGAUUCUGUGAAGAAUACAAUCAGCAUGUUUGAAUCUUUGGCUCAACAAAGCAAAAGCACACCAGAGAUUCUUUACACCAGGAGGACAUUAUCUGUACCAGAGCCCUCCAAGCCUGCAGCUCCAUUGAAGAAGAGUGAUUCGGAAAAAAAUCUACAUUUUGGAAGGGUUGUGGGGAACACAGAAAGCCUAAGAACAAAUAUCUUUAGCAAAAGUGAUUCUAAUGAGGAGACUGAAGGAACUGUUGACCUAAGGGUGUUUCACUCAGAUCUCAUCUCUUAG